AUGGCUGUUUUAAAUAAUAAUGAAACACAACAAAUUUUUAAUGCUAAUAAUAAUGUUGAAAAAUCACCUCGUAUGCUUAUUACAAAUAGUAGCCGAGAAAAUACUGAUAAAGAUUCAAAAGGAAAUGAUGUUCUAUUAUUUCCUGAUAAUAUUUUAAUUCGUAAUGUAGACCCAAUGAAUGCACUGGAAUUUUCUAAAAGGUUUUUGUUACCAUCAUUAUCAUCGAAUCAAGAUCAAAAUACCUCUUCAAUCACUUUUCAAGUAGAUCCAAACCCAUACAAAGCUGUAAUAGUAAUAUGUUCACAUAGACGUCGUGAUAAAAGGUGUGGCGUAGUUGCUCCAAUAUUAAAAGAUGAAUUUGAUAAAAUAUUAAAAGAUAAAAAGUUGGAUGUAGAAAACAAGAAAGCCGAAGGCGUGGCUGUGUUUUUAAGUAGUCAUAUAGGAGGACACAAAUUUGCUGGCAAUGUUAUAGUUUUUCGAGAUGGUCAAGGUAUAUGGUACGGACGUGUGAUUCCAUGCCAUGCCAAAAGUAUUAUAGAAUAUACUGUUAUUGAAGGAAAAGUGAUAAAAGAUUUGUACCGUGGAUCAAUAAAUGGAAGUUUUGCGCCAGGAAAAGGUGGAAGAUUGGAUUGGUAA